AUUGUUAUCCCCUCCAAAUAGCGGGAAACGGGAAGUGGUUGGUUGAGAGUAGAGAAAGUGAAAAGAAAAAGGUUUGUGCCAAAUGCUCAACAGUCUCCUUCUCCAUUCCAUUGUUCCCACCCCUUCCUCUGAACUCAAUCCAUUUCUCAAAUGGGGAAAUUCCUCUCCCCUCUUCCUCAUCUCCACAAGGCACGAAAGCGUUCGUUGCUUCGCCAAGAAGAAGAUCGGAUUCAUGGAUCAAAUUCUUGACUACAUUGAAGGCGGUCCCAAGUUAAGGAAAUGGUACGGGGCGCCCGACCUUGUUUCUAAAAAUGAAUCUGCCCUUAAAGACGAGGAUGAAUAUUCCGAGGAAGGUACGAUCAGGGAUGCAAUUUUGGUGACUGAUGGGGAUACUGAGAUUGGUCAGAUGGUGAUAUUAUCGUUGAUUGUGAAAAAAGCCAGAGUCAAGGCGUUAGUGAAGGAUAAGAAAGCUGCCCUUGAAGCUUUUGGAUUAUAUGUUGAGCCAGUAGCCGGUGAUAUCAGAGAUGAGCCAUCAUUGAAGAAAGCUCUUAGAGAAGUCCGCACUAUAAUAUGUCCAAAAGAAGGAUUUUUAUCCAGUGCUGCAAGCCUGAAAGGGGUGCAACAUAUAGUUCUCUUAUCCCAGUUAUCCAAUUAUAGAAGUGUUAGUGGUGUCCAAGCUCUUCUUAAAGGCAAUGCAAAAAAGAUGGCUGAGCAAGAUGAAGCAGUUCUAGUGGCAUCAGGAAUUCCUUAUACCAUCAUACGAGCUGGCUCCUUGCUAGAUACGCCUGGUGGGAAUCAAGGAUUCAGCUUUGAAGAGGGUUGUGCAACUGCGGGAACUCUCAGCAAGGAGGAUGCCGCCUUCAUUUGUGUAGAAGCUACUGAUGUGAUUCCUAAAGGAGGGUUUGCAUUUGAGGUAGCGAAUGGAAAUGAACAAGUUUCAGAUUGGAAAGUGUGGUUGACAAGAUUACUAGAGAAAACAGAGCAGCUUCAGUGACCAUAUGCUUAAGAUGUAUGAAUACCUUCUAUCAUUUGCUAUUGUCUCUUGAUAUCUCCAUUUGAUUUAGCUUAAGAAAUAGCUUUAAAGAUUUUUGCAAGAAAAAAUUCCAUUCUUUCAUCAGCUGCCAAAACCCUUGCUUCCCCUUGGUCCCGGACAAACUAGAUGUUACGCAAUGAAGUUAAAUAAUUUAGUUGUUAUAAAUUUGAAGGUUAAACAA